UGUGAGAAAAAGAGAACAGAGAAUCCCUUGAUUCCCUUCCAGACAAAACGACCCCGUUCAAUCACGGCGCGGAUCACUCUCUGUUUCCCUGGUCUUUUCCAAUCGCCCAGAAUCUCAAAACCCCAGUGAGGAGCUGAGUAUGGCAGACGAACAUGUGGAAGCCGAUAACGCAGAGGCCAUAAUCGCCCGAAUCGAGCACAAAUCUCGAAAGAUCGAAAGCUUACUCAAACAGUACAGACCAGUCGAAGCUCUCAAAACCGCUCUCGAAGGCUCGCCUCCCAACACCAGAGACGAACGAUGCAAGUCUGCGAAUUGGAUAAUGGUGCAUAGAGCUAUUAUGGCUAUAAAAGAUGUUGAUGGAAUGUUUUCUUCUUUGGAUCCUGAGUACUAUGAUAUUCUCAUGAAGUACUUGUAUAGAGGCUUGUCUACUGGAGACCGCCCCACAUGCGACCAGUGCCUUCGGAUUCAUGAAAAACUGACGGAGAGAGCUGGUUUGGGAUGCAUACUACGUUCCCUUUCAGACACAGUGAAUACAGUUUGAUUUCCAUCACUUCUUCUGGUAAACACUUACAAGGUUGAUAUCCUCGCCUAAAUGUAUAACAAACUAGAACACCUGCUGUCCCCCUGUAACUUCCAGCAAAUGCCCUUCCAGCAUGUUUUGUAUCUUGGUACUGAUUUUUUCUGCUUCUGAGCAAUCUCAAUAUCAAAUCCUUAGUGGUGUUUUCCAUCUUUUA